AAGCAACAGAGCAGGUUGGCACUAGGAAAAAAACGUGCUUUACAGCUCGGAGCCCAGUGCCUACAUAAGGACUGGCCUCUUUGAAGGUGACCAUCUCCUGUGUUAUCAGUCCCUGUUCGGCUUCCUAGAGUUCCAGCUGGUGUUGGCCGAGCAGAGACGAAGGCCAUGAGCUACCAGCCUUCAGCGUACCCGCCACCGGGCACGGCGUACCCUCCGCCGGGCCAGCAGGCAUACCCGCCGCCGGCCUAUGGCGCGCCGCCUCCCAUGGCCGGGUACCCGCCGCCGGCCUAUGGCGCGCCGCCUCCCAUGGCCGGGUACCCGCCGCCGCCCCCACCGCCACAGGAGUCCAAGGGCAACGACGGCUUCUUGAAAGGAUGCUUGGCGGCCAUCUGCUGCUGCUGCCUGCUCGACAUGUGCUUCUGACCUCUCAUCAGGGAAGAGAACGUCCAGACUGAUCCUUCAUGCAGGCGAAUAGAGCUGUUUCUGAGUCAUGAUGCGUCUUUGUUUACAUCAAUGUAUCUGUUUUGCCCUUGUUAUGAAUUUAUGAUCAUGGUGUUGGUGUACCCGCAAACUAGUAGAUCUUUGGACUUCACUAGCUGAUCUAUAGGUUUUUCCUUUUUCCUUUUGGAGUUCCUUGUGUGUGCUCUGAAAAAGCAUCUCCGAUCAAUCUGUACUUGGUUUGGUGCUUGAUUAUUGCCGUACUCCACGCCUCCUUCUCUGA